UUUCUUACCCUCAGCCCCCCCCCCUCCUCCCUCUCCUCCUCUUUCUCUCUCGGAAUCUCAACAACAAUCCACAAUAAAACAAACCCAUCUUCUUCUCCAUUCAUCUAAUCCACUUCAACACUCCGAACACCCAACAACCAACCCCAUGUUUCCAUUUCCCCUGCUUUUGGAUCUUUCUCUCAUGAUAACUUACAAUGAUGGCUGCUGGUUAUUGAAGUCGUCUGCGUGAAGCAUUCUUUAUGUCACGGCUAAGGGGGCGAGUUUUUAUUCCAAUGUGAGGGAUAGUCUGGUUAAGGGGGCAAUGUUGGUUCAAGGAGAUUUGAGUUUAGAUUUAGUACAAAUGUAUUCUGGUUCGUUUAAAGAUGCAUUGAAGCAAACCAUGCUGAGCCAGGAAGUUAUGUUUAGAAAUCAGGUUCUUGAAUUACAUCGAUUGUACGAUGUACAAAGGAUACUGAUGCAGAAUUUUGGCUUCGAGGAGUUUGACCGACACGGUUUUAGGAAAGCCGGGAUGAAAUCAACUUUCAUGCCAUAUGCAAAUCCUGCAAGAUAUGAUCCAUUUAUGAAAGAAACCGAAGUUUUCUCGAUUCGCAUGCUUCAAAAGCGGCCAGCUCAAAACCAUAAGCUUCAGCUCAAGCAUCUUGAUUUGCAGCUUCCUGCAGAUCAGUACAUUAGCCUCAUUGAAUCAGACUUGGAAGAGUUAGAUCUUUCUCUAGAUCUUGGAGUGGGGAACCGAGAAAAGGAGAGCGACAAAGAAACACUUCUGCACGAGAAGUCUCGUUGUAUGCUCUCUCAAGAAGUUAUUGAUUUGGAAGAUUCGAUUGACGACGAUGCCGAAAAUGUAUAUUCUUUAGAUCUAAAUGUUCCAACAAUUGAAUGCACAGGUAAAGAAUCUGAAAAUAGCCAUGGUCAUAUCUCAAGUGACUAUCUCCCUAUCAAGAACCAACAGUUUGGGUCCUAUGAAGUAGGAUAUCUGGACCUUAAUGAAGCUCAGAAUGAUGAUUCAUCUUGUCACUCGAAUGAUCUUAUUACGACUCGCUAUUCAACCUCGACAUCAUCAUCUGGUUUCAAGGGAGCAGUUGGCAAGGUACAACAAGCGAAUUGCGCCUCCCCUAUUAGGGUCGAACAGAAGAAUAACUGUUCUACUGAAUCUUCCACACUUGAUCAGGAUGCAAAUGAAACUCACACUACAGAGUCCAAAUUUAAGGGAACAAAUACAUGUGAAAUGUAUAACACUCAAUGUGAUGAAGCUCCGAUGGAGUCGAUAGUAAACGGUUCUAACAACUUUAGGAACUGUCGUGACGACGAAAGUGAAAAAUUGGAGGCUGUAAUUGAGCUUCCUGCUGACAGGCAUACAAGGGUUCGAAAGAGUGAAGUAUGCUCUGACUGUAAUCAUGCUGCAGAAGACGGUUGCAACGGAGUAUUGACGAUUUCGGGCAUGUCUACUUGUAAUGCAGAAAAUGACUCUGGUGGGGAGAAAAAGGUGCAAAUUUUGAGUCUCUCUAGUAACCAGUCUUAUGAAACUCAAAAGGGGCUGCAUAGUACAGAAACCAUCUUGUCCACUGAGCAAGAUCAUAAGUCUUCUUGUAGCAUUGAAUCAGAACAUGAUGAAGAAUCUUCUGAAAUGAAACUUCUACUUCAACAUGCGGCUGAGUCGCUUGUUUCUAUGUCUUUGGCUGAUUCGAGCGAAGCUCAUGAGUGUAACACAAAAACAGAAUCAAAUGGCACGGGAAAAGUUCAGGUGGAUCAACCACAGCAUUCUUCUGAUUCCUUUGAGUUACUAGUUCUAAAGCAAGCAGAAAACGGUGAAGACGAUGAGUUCUCUGUAUCGUCGCAGCUGUCUGAAGUAGUUGACAUGGAGAACAUGAAUGUUGGCGUUAAGUUGAGGCGGGGAAGAAGAUUGAAAGACUUCCAGAGAGAGAUACUUCCUAGUCUAUCCUGUCUUUCAAGACAUGAGAUUUGUGAAGAUAUUAACAUUAUGGAGGCUGUUUUACGGUCAAGAGAAUACCGAAAAAUCCGAGCUAAAAUGCAAGAUGGACAGAAAUGGUGCGCGCCUACGAAGAGCAAACGAUCCAGACGAAGAACCAUUUUGUGAAAGUUCUUUCAAUGGUGACCUUGCUUUUGAAACACUGCUCAGUUGCAGACUGCAGAUUACUUGAAAUAACUCAUGGGCAAAUUAUUGGAGUGUUGUAGUUAAAUGCAGAUUCAGUUUAUUCUGAGCAUUGAAUUGUUGAAACAAACCUGUAUAGGAGUGUGUUGUCUCAUUGAUACAUUAGUUUCAACAUGUUUCCUACCAGGCUACUCGAGUAAGAUCGUUAAGAGAAUUUGAUAGACUCGAAAGUGUUAGAA